AUGCUUCGCUUAAUUGUUUUAAGUAAUUACAAUCGAAUCAAAUUAAAAAAUCUAAAAUAGACAUAUACUUGGGUUAAUUAUUUGAAUCAUUCAUUAGGUUUGAUCCAUUAGGUAUAAAAAUAAUAUAACAUUGCAAUCAAUUACUAUGAUGAGGCACUUAAAGUUGAAACUGGCAAGCAAUAACUACUGUACAAUAAAGCACUUGCUAUUUUAGAAUAGAACAUAAACUCAAAAGUCUAGCCUAAUGAUGUAUCUUAUGAGAAAGCCAAAAGUAUCUUUCAAUCCAUGAAUGGAUUUUUAGAUUCAUAAUGGCUGCUAGUUAUUCUUAAUAGUUAUUAAAAUAAUCUUAAUGAGGCACAUAGGUUAUUGGAAAUAAUAAAAACAGACACUGCAAGCAUAGAGAAAGCAGAAAAGUUAAAAGCCAAAUUAUAUUAUAAAUAAAGAUUAUUUGGGAGCUCAAUUAAUAUUUAUCAAAAAUUCAAUUUUUCAUCCCUAACUAUGAUUGAAGUCUUAUAAUUCAUAAUGUCUGCACUUCUCAUAACAAAUUUUGAAUUGGCCGAAUCAUUGAUAAAAAAAUCUUAAGAAUAAUUAAAAUCACUCUUUUACUUUUUUAAAGGUACAACUUAAAUAUAUUAAGGAUUCCUAAUGGAAUUACAGAGUAAAAAUUAAGAAUCAUUGCAAUACUAUGAAGAAUUUUGUUCUUAAGAAUUAUCAAAAAAAGCAAUUACUGAAUAUCCUAAUAUAGUUUAGGCUGCUAAACUAGCAUAAAGAAAAAUAUUAAUAAGACUAUAAUAACAGUAAAAGGCAAUUGAAUUUGAAAACACCAUUAAGUAGGAUUAUCCAAAACUUCCAUUAGAUACUAAUUAUCAAGACUUAUUGAUAAAAGAAUUUGAACAAAUGCGUUAUCCAGCAAAACCUAAUUUUGAGUUAAUUAGAAGAUAUCAAUUUGAUGAUAUUGAUGGAUUAUAGCGAAAGGUGUGUGCUUAUCGAUUAAUAUGA